AUGAUUUAUGAAUCUGAAUCAUCAUUGCCUGAUCAAAAUAAACUUUCAACGCCGAGCAAUGGCGUUAUUAAAACACAUGAGCAAAAUUUUUCAGUAGUUGAUGCAUCAGAAAAACAACGACGAUCAAAAUUAAUCAUCGGUGAGCGUGAUUCAUUUAUCAAUGAGGAAUCAAAAGAACAAAAAUCCAUCAUCAAUAAGCGUAGAUCGUUUGCUAAAGUCGGUGGUGGAUUUAUUUCAAAAUUCAUUUUAAAUCUCCCUUUAACUGUACUAUCAAAGAACACGUGGUACUCAGAAUUAAUAUUCAAGGCACUACUAAAUCGUAAAAGAACCAGGUCUUUGUUGGGAAAUGAUGUGGAAAAGCAAACGGAUGCAGCGCUAGAAUACGGCACGAUUUGGUACAUUAUUCGUAAAGCAAACCAGAAACAGUUAGAAAAAUUAUUGAAUAAAGAUCCAGAUAAAGUAAAUGAAAGAGGAUUGUUGGGCGAGUGUCCCUUACACAUGUUGUUUUUAUACGGAAUGCCAAAACAUUUACAAUUAGCCAAAUAUAUUAUAAAUAAAUUUCCAGAUACGAUUACGGCCACCUAUAAUAAACCGGAGUAUCAUGGUGAGAAUGUAUUACAUAUAGCAAUAAUCAAACAGAAUGCAGAAAUGGUAGAAUGGCUUCUAGGUGAUCCAAAUAAUCGUGCGUACAAUGACAAAUUGUUAAAUACUCCCGCUGAUGGUGAUUUCUUUGAUAAAGAUAGACUAUGUUAUUAUGGAGAAUAUCCAUUAGCAUUUGCCUGUUGUACAAAUCAAUGGAAUUUAGCUAAGAUUUUAAUUAAAUAUGGAGCUAAUCUCGACAAGACUGAUAGUUAUGGUAAUACCAUAUUACAUUUAUUGGUUAUUCACAAUCUGCCGAAUUUAUACGUUAAGUUUAAAGACUGUUGGAUCAAACAAUUUAAUCGAAAUAAACCUGAAAUGCCAGCCACUUUGCGCAAAAAUUCAUCGGCUCACAGUGACAGUAAUACUUCAGACGAAGAGGACAACGGUGAACAAAACGAAGUCGACCCGUAUGACACUGAGGAUAAUCCACCAUUAUGGAGGCGUUUAAAUAAAGAAAAUUUAACACCAUUAACAUUGGCAGCUAAACUUGGACAAGAGGCAAUGUUUUCAUUUCUAAUAGAAGAACGAAGAAUUAUACAAUGGACAUUUGGACCAGUAAGAUGUGUUUUAUAUCCGUUAGAUCAAUUGGAUAUGGAACUUGAAGUCAAAGUAUGUUCUAUACGCAAUUUUUUUGUUAAACUUACAUGUUUAAAGAAAAAUUGGUGCUGAUUGAAUCCCUAAAAUAGAGAAGAGAAAAGUCCAAUUUCAUUUAACAAGAUACAUCUUAAAAUUCAUAUGUAAAAUCAUAUGUAAAACAUAAAGUUAUCAAGCGCUUCUCUUCAUAAUCUAAUGUGCUACUAAUAUGAUAAAAGCGGUCAGAUGUUCAGUUCUCUUGAAAUAUGCAUCAUUCGAUAGGGAGUUUCAUGCUGAUUAAGAAUAUGUUACUUCGAAUUAUUU